GUCAGAUGCGACUGAGUGACUGGACUGAACUGAACUGAAGGUCAUAGAGAUUAUUGAAAAUAGGUUUCUUUUUGAAAGUUUGGUAGUUCAGGUUUUGCACUGAGUCUGACAAUCCACUUUACCUUCUGUGAGAGCUGUGGUCUAGAGCCCAUUGUUUUCCAGUGGACACAGAGCUGAGCACCGUUUGCUGGAAGGACCGUGCAUUCCCCGCUGGAACCGCAGCAUGGUUGCCAAGAGUCAGGCACGCAGGCCUGAGCAGGGGUGGGACGCUAGGCUGGUGGGUUUUGUCUCUCAGUCCUGGGGAGUCUUUCCUAUCAUCACCUCACUCGCAUGGCUCCCAGAAGAAGCCUGCCUCUCCCCUGCCUUGGUUCCGCUGUGCCUCACGCGUCUUUGCCUCUGGUAGCUUUACAGUUUUCUCUUUACUCUGGCUUUGAACAGACUGACUGUGGUGUGCUUAUCAUUUCUUCAUGUUUCUUAUCUUUCACUGGGCUUCUUGGAUCUGUGAGUAUAUAGUCCUCACCAAGCUUGAAAAUACGGUAGACUGUGAUUUUCAUCUGGCUCACAGACGGCUCAGUGGUAAAGGACCCACCUGCCGCUGCAGGAGAUACGAGAGGCAUGGGUUCAGUCCCUCGGGCAGGAAGAUCCCCUGGAGGAGGAAAGGGCACCCCACUCCAGUGCUCGUGCCUGGAGCCCAUGGGAUCGCAGAGGCGGUGCUGUGUGGCUGAGCACAGAGGCACACUGGAUAUACACUUUUAUCGUCACAAAUAGUCUUGAGUCUUUUCUGGAAUACAGUCAGCUUACCUGGAAACAGGUUAAUCUUUCUGGGGUCUCUGUUUCAAGAUCUGUUAGACGAGAUCAGGGCAGCGCUCCACCCAUGGCUAGUUAUUUCUCUUACAGAAACAAGACCCUUGCGUCCGCUGCACCAGGGCCCCGCGAAGCCCUGGGUCUGUGGUCUGGCUGGGAGCAGGGACACCCCAGACCCACGGGCCGACAAGACUCUGUCCCCAGGGCCCCUCCGGCUUCUUCUCUUCCUGCAGCUCCUCAGUCCACGCGGGCAUCCCGCUCUGCCAAACACUCACCCUGCUCUCUACGUCGCGGUCCUCCCGUGCUCAUCCUGCAAACUCUGGCCACUUCCGGCCAUUUGCCUCUGCCCAGAUCUGCCCCACUUCUUCUCUUGGGGAGGCACCUUGAGCGCCGUUACCCCAUCCCCACCACCUGGCAGCACCCUCGGGACAGUGGGUAUGGUGAGGCCCCCGGGUUGCCCCCUCCGUGGGCGUCGCCGUCCUGGCUUCCUUGCACCCAGUGUCUUGAGAUCGCACUUCGCCUGCCGUCCAGGCUGAGCGCCGUGACUCCAACUUGACCUCCAUCUUGACCUCAGCGGGGCCCACAGCUCUGGUUUCUUUCCCAGGAACAUUUCAGACCUCACAGUUUCUGCUGCCUCUCUGAGUCACGUCUGAUCUGGUCAGGUCGGGGCUCCGCUGAGCGAUGGGCCAGCUCUUCUGGCUGGGUCUCAGCAGUGGUGCCUCGGCCCCCUUCUCCAAGGUCUGGGAGCCCAGCCACCAUGGCCACGGGGACCCCUCACUCCGGCUCCUUGUGCCACGGCGGGAGACAGCCUUGGGUGCAGCCUCUGCCCUUCCCCCACCCUCGUGCAUUCAACCGGUCACCCUGGUCCCCGUGUCCCCUCCCCCUGAAGCCCAGGAGGGGCCUUGGCACCUUCGUCCUUUGCUUCCCCUUGGCCGUCAGCCUGAGGGCGGGUCUUCCUGCCACGCUGCUUGGGGUGUGCCUGCACCCUGGGCACCGCUGAGCACACAUACCAUCUGACACGUCACCUGGCCGGAACGCCAGGCCCUGAGUGCCAGAAGGAACCUGGGCUGCCAGCUCCACGGGGUGCAGGGCUCUCCGGGGCAUGGUGGAGCCCGUGGAACUAACCCCAUUGACCUUGAAGCAUCUGCCUGAAGAUUGGGCAGAGCCAAGAUCGAAAACACCGCUCAGCCCCGGGGCCUGAAAACGAGACCCCCGCUGCCUGCACGGCGCCCGGUCCGGCCCCCGCUUCCAGGGCCCUGACCAAGGCCGUUGGGGCCAAGCCAUCUGUGCCAGUUGCUGCCCAUGGACAGGGCUUUAGGCGGCAGUGGCCUCAGGCCCAGGCCCAGGUGCCCCCGCAGACCUGUGCUGCUGCUCAUCCUUGGAACCCAUGGGGCCAGCCGGCACGCCUGGCGGGGGCCCUCCUCUGCCUCUUUGCUGGCCAGGCAGGGGCCCCACUCCUGGGCCCAGCAGACAGCUCUGCACAUGGCUCAGGUGGGCCCACCACUCUUCCAGGGCCUGGCUCUCUGACGGCACUGGGGAGAGUAGGGAGGACCCCCCUCCAUUUUGUGCAGCAGAGACCCAGAGCCACUCCCCACCCGGCCACCCACAGGGAAUAGCCCAGGCACCAGCAACCCUGGCACUUAGCCUCCCUCUCCCCCAACAGGAAAUAUUUUCAACAGCUUCUGCCGGCAGCCCCCCGUGUCCAUGCCCAGGUCCGUCCUGGGGUCUCUGGCGCUCUCCACCGCCAUGAAGUGCUCCCCACCCGACGGCUGCUCCCUGCUCCUGCGCGUCAAUGCCUCUCUCGCGCUGCACGAGAGCCUGCAGGGCCUGGAGGUCUGCUCCACGAGCCUGGACACCCAGGAGACGCAGUGCCAGACUGUGCAGGUGUCCAGGGCCUCCCGCCAGCAAGCAGGGCAGCAGCUCCAGGUGCGCUUUGACUGCUUCGAGGUGGCCGUGGCCCAGACCCUCUACGUCACCCUGAGGACUGUCCCCCACUUCUGCGGGGUCCAGCUGGGCCAGCAAUACCACAUGGAAGACUGCAGAGAGGAGGACGUGGGGAAGAAUGUGCCUGACUGCUUCGCUGAGAAGCUCUCCUACUGGGUGGACCGCAGCCGCAAGGUCAUUCUAGUACAGGUGCCAGAGUCGGGGGGCCCUGACUACUACGUGCGGCUUUGUCUGAAGCGGUUCACCUGCGAGGACGCGGGCGCCCCAGUGCGGGUAACAGGGAACAGGGUCUCCCGGAGGGUCUCUCUACCCUACAGCCAAGAGUUGUCGUGUCUGUGCCUUGAGGUCUGGUCAGCGACCCUGAUGCGGUGCGAAUCCAGACCUGCCCUUUCAAAAAUGGUGCAGUACCCGCUCGUGGACACACAGCCCCAGCUCUGCCUGAAGUUCUCCACGAGCCUGGGUUUCCAAGUGAGGUGCCCUUUCAAGCAGCCGAGGUUCCCAGCCUGGAAGAUGGCCGUCCAGCCCUCGCCCGCUCCGGGCCACCUCCGGGUGGCCUUCUUCUCGUCGAGCCCCGCCCGCUUCCAGGUGUGCCUGUGCCACCAGGGGAAGACUUGGCCCCCCGCCUGCCGCCGACUGCUCCAGGCCACCCCUGUCCCUGCGGCCUCUGUCAGCCAGGGUGACUCUGCAGGGGACCCUGCAGUGGCCUUUGUGGACAUUCCUGGGGACGAGGCCUGUGCACCCAGCACCUGCAUCCAGGAGGACCGAUGUCCAGUUCUCCGUCCCCCAGCAGCUCUGCGGCCUCCAGUGUGCUGCCACCCAGGGAACAGCAGCCUGAGGCCAAGUAUCUCACCAAGAAGACACGGGUGCCAGGUCCAACUGCAGGGAUGCGGCAAGGGGCCAGCUCACGUCUAGACACCCCAGGCCUCUGUCGCGAAGGCUCGGCCUCAGGGCAUGCACUGAGGGUCCUCACCUGGCCCCAGACUAGGGGCCUGUGUACCUCUCGGGUCUCCAAAGGCCUGCAGCUACUUGGGCCCUUGGACGAUGCCAGGACUUUGGGUCAGAUGAAGGACCUCCAGCCCCUCCUGAACCCUGAGUGGGACCAACAGAGUGGCUCCAUGGGCAGCCCCUUCCCCAGAUGGGCCAGCCCCUGAUGCAUCUGUCUCAGCCUGGCCCAGGCUCCCUCUGGACCACCUGGGGUCAGGGCCAGCAUCCCUGGCCCUGAGCACGAGGUUCUCUGGAGUGCAGGGUGUGACCCCACCCUUCCUGGAACUGACCAGGUCUGGGGGGCCAGGUCACCCACACACGUGCUGGGGUCCACACCCUGGGUGCCCCCACCGGCCCCCACCCUUCAAAGAGUCUGCUAAGAGCCUGAGCGCCCAGCACCCCAGCACCCAGCCUUCACCCUUGCCCCCAGAGCUGGACCACCUUCCACUCCCCAGGCCCCUAGCCAGGACAGCGCGGUGAGGGACGGCCACUCCGUUGGCCUCAGGGGCCGGCCAGCUGCCAGGACGAGCCAUUCUCAGACGCUCUGCACCCCCUGAGGUCACCACGCGCCACCUGUGCUCAGGAGCCACAGGGCGCCCUCGGCCCUGCCAGCGUCAUUUCUGUGUCCCAGGCCAGCGGUCGCCCAGCAGUCUGCCGGCUGGGCCUGCCCUCAUGGGACCCCCUGCCAGCUCACAAGGACCCCCGGGCCGCCCCUGCCGGGCCGCUGUCUGGAGUCACCUUCACCGCACACGGGGCACGCAGGGCACAUGGGGCACGCCGGGGCCGGGCCCCGCCCCUGGCCUACGCUGGGCUGCGUCUGCGCAUGCGCACCUCCCUCCCCGCCCGGCCUGGGCUCUGCCUCGUUAGUGGAACACAGGCCCCUGGACGUCUCGUCAUCGCUCCCUUAGUGGGAGCUGCUGCCCGAGCCGACAAGAGGGGUCGGUGGAGCCCACAUGACCCCUCCCUGAGAAACUCUUGUCUGCCUGGCUCGCCGCUUCCCUUGAAGACAGGGAAGGGGUCUGCAGGGCCAGGGAGCCCUCGUGGGGACUGGGGGACCACGGGGCCGCGUGUCCCCCCUGAGGCGGGAUGGAGGCCGUGACUGCAGCUGGACCCCCGCCCGCGGUUUGAGAGGGGCUGUCGCGCCCCCAGCCCGCAGAUCCUGUUCCCCCACCUCGGCCAGGCCUGGCCCCCCGCGGGCUGUGCUCUGGGCUCACGCAAGUACUCCUGCCGUGCUCUGGAGACCCCUGUCCGCCCCAAGUGCCCCGUCUGCAUCAAGGCACAGAAGGAGGUGGGGACCAAGGUCCCCACGCCACAAGUUCCGGCUUCUCACGCCUGGCCUGCCUCGGGGUCCCUGCCUGUGCACAGAGACUGCGGCCCUGAUCCAGCACCUCCCUCAGGAGGAAUCCUUGACCCGGAGGGGUGGGGAGGUGGGUUGGCUGGCGGGGUUUGGGGGCCGGGUGCUAGAAACUGAACAGAUGCAGGCUCCUCCACUUUGCAGCAGCCCUGGCCAUCCCACAGGGGGGAACCGGAAGCCCAGACAAGGGAAACGACUGCCCUCCUCUCCAGGACUAAGGACCUGCCUGGCCACAGGGCUGGGGUGGGGAGGGGUGCUGUCCAGGAUGUGCUGCCCUCGCAUGCUGGUGGCACUCAGCCCAGGGCUCUGAGCUGGGCCGUCCAUGCACACCCGGAGCCCCGUGGCCCGACAGGCACGCUGCCGUGGCCAGUGAGAGGCUGCUCCUUCAGCAGGACCUCCCCUCCCCAGCCCGGCCACACCUCUGCAGGAGAGCACCAGUGCGGUCAGGCCCCAGAGUUCCCUCCCCGCCCCCGCCCCCCAGAGCUCACAGGUAACCCGGGUCUGUGUGCCUCACCCAUUCAUCCCCUCAUCCCCCCAGCAGUCCCUGAGCACCCGCUGGGCACUGCCCUCUCCCAACACCAGGAGCACACAGCACCGGCUCUGGGGCUGCAGACCACGUCUGCUCUGCCCUGAACUGCGGGGCCCCAGGUCAGGAGUCUCAGCCCUAAAGCCCGGGCAAACAGCCAUCAGUCACCUACCUGGAGCUGACCUCCGCAUGGGGAAGACAGCUCACAAACAGCUGAGCCUGUCACUUACGUGAGUGCCUGGUGUGAGAAGGCGGAGGCCGAGAAAGCAAACAGGAAGUCGUGUGUGUGGAGGGGUGCCAUUUAGAGCAGAGUGGUCCCAGCAUGACCAAAGAAAUGGGCGAUACCUCGGAGUUGCUCGGAUCCAACGUUCUUGGCGGUUCGAGGGGCGUCCUAGUUUGCGGGAACGGUAGCCUGUGUAGAGGGAGUGGGCUGCUGUUGUGAGCUGUCGUCUGCAGUGAGGAGUGUGGAGCGGCUUGCCUUUGCCUGCUCUCUGCGCCUGGAGGUCAAGCCGAGGCCAGGGUUUGGGUGUCCAGCUGGAGUCGCCAGAGGAAGAGGGGGCAGCGGGGCAGGCAGGGCUGGGCGCUAAGUCCUGGCAGUGGGGCCUCCGGACAGCAGUGCCCGCGGUUCGGGGGCAUCUCUGGAGGCAGGUGUGCACCCAGCCCCCAGCAACAGGUGCCCCCUUUCCCCUCUUCCGGUCAGAACGCGAAGGGCGGUCGUUCCUGAAGAACCUUCGUGAGUACAACUUCCAGUAAGAUUUUGAUGAUUUUAAUUCUUUUAAAAUGGCUGCUUAUUACGUUGAGACGACUGACCCUUUUUUCCCUAAAACUCUUCAUUUGCACGUCUAAACAUUUUUCCACGCUUCCCUGGGCGCCACUGACACAGCCUCGGGAUAGGGCACAGAGGGUGGUGGGGCGGGUGUGAACACGGGCCCUACUGGGGAGUGGGCUCCAGGCUGGGCGCCCCCCCCCCCCGCCCCUGGCCGGAGGAUGCAGCGUCUGGGCGCGGGGCGUGCGGGAAGGGGCUGGGGGCGCGCGGCAGGCUGCGAGGUCCGAGGACCGUCCAGCGAGCGCGGACUGAGGGGGAGUGGGACUUGGGAGACGCCAGGGACUCAUGACUGCUGUCGGGUAGGGACACUGGGGGCCCGUCUGGCCCUAGGGCGUGUGCGCAGCCGUGACCCCUGGGGAGGGCGUGUGCCCAGCCGUUGGGAAAGAGGCGCUGGGGGUGACGCAGCUCACCGGGUGGGCGCACCUGCCUCUCCGCCGGGAAGUGGCACCUGGCGCCUUGGGCGAGCGGCCCCUGCAGCUCCGACCCGCGCGGACGCGGGCUCAGCCGCCGGGAGGACCAGGGGUGGGGGGCAGAGUCGGCCGCCACUGAUACCCGCAACCUCAAGUUCUGGUUUCCGCCGGGGGGUGGGGGGCGCUGGCGGCCUGCGGGGGAGCAGGUGGGGAGGGGAGCAGCUGCGGGGCGGGCCCUCGGGACGAGGCUGGGGCUUGGGCGGCCCUGGAAGGCGAGGGGAAAGGGGCGCGGCUGCUGCGGGAAGCGGGCCGCGAAGCUCCGGAGCCGGGCGGGGCGGGGAACUCAGGAGGGUCUGCGGGGUCUCCCGCCGCCCCCGCAGCGCGGCGGCCUUCCCUGAGCCGAGCGUGUGUGAGGACGCCUCCCUCGCCUUGGGCUGCAAGUGUCUGUCACGCCUCUGACCCUCCCAGGAGGGAGCGCAGGACACGCGAUCAGCUCCCGGGCGCGCGCGCCAGGCGUGCGUCCGGAGGCCCGAGCGUGCCGCAGUGCCCUCCUCGCCCGCGGGAGAACUCGUGCCAAGAAGAAAACCCCGGCGCGCGUAAACACUGCCUGAAACAUAUGUUUUUAAAAUAUCUUGUAUGUCUCACUUUAAUUAUUAAAUGGUAAAAUUGACGUUUUGAUUGAAGUUUUACUUUAUAUUGGAGUAUAGUUUAUUUACAAUGUUGUGUUAGCUCCAGGUGUACCGCAGAAUGUUAUUUAUCCUCCUCCCCCCCGCCCCCCAUUAAAGACUGACUUUU